UGUCGUUGCAGAAUAUGGUGUCUGUGAAAACCUGCGGAAACUGGAGAUCACGGGAGUGUCCUGUCGAGAUGUUUAUGCCAAACGUAUAAACCCACGAGUGAAGUCGGGGCGUUUUAUGAAAAUCCUUCCCGACUACGAGCACAUGGAGUACAGAGAUGUUUACACCUGCCUGCUGCACCGGUACCGACACAUCCUGGGAUUGUGGCAGCCGGACAUUGGGCCCUAUGGGGGACUGCUGAACGUGGUGGUAGAUGGUUUGUUCAUCAUUGGGUGGAUGUACUUGCCUCCUCACGACCCUCAUGUUGACGAUCCGAUGAGAUUCAAACCUCUCUUCAGGAUUCACCUCAUGGAGAGGAAAUGUGCCACCGUUGAGUGUAUGUAUGGCCAUAAGGGACCUCACAACGGCCACAUCCAGAUUGUAAAGAAGGACGAGUUCUCCACAAAAUGCAACCAGACAGAUCACCAUCGAAUGUCGGGUGGAAGGCAGGAGGAAUUCCGGACAUGGCUGAGGGAAGAGUGGGGUCGGACUCUGGAAGACAUUUUCCAUGAACACAUGCAAGAGCUCAUCUUGAUGAAGUUCAUCUACACCAGCCAAUAUGACAACUGCUUGACAUAUCGACGCAUCUACCUCCCUCCUAGCAGCCCUGACGACCUUAUAAAGCCAGGUCUCUUCAAAGGAACAUAUGGGAGCCACGGGCUGGAGAUUGUCAUGCUGAGCUUUCAUGGAAAGAAAGCCAAGGGGACUAAAAUCACCGGAGAUCCCAACAUCCCAGCCGGGCAGCAGACAGUGGAGAUCGACCUGGCGCAUCCUCUUCAGCUGCCUGACGUCGAGAACCUGCGGGAUUUUAGUGAGCUCUCCCGCAUCGUCCUUGAGGUCCGGGAGCAGGUGCGCCGGGAGGAGCAGGAGGAGGAACAACGGCAGGAGGAAGAGGAUGGAUCCCAGCAAGCUGCCUCCCCCCCUGCUGCACAGCCCCAGGGAGAAGGUGCCACGGGGGAAGAGACUGCGGUCGGAGCUGAAGGGACGACCCAGGACAAGGCACCAGCUUCCCAGCCCUUCGUGCUGCCCAUGGGAGUCAUAUCGAGGAAUGAAGACUAUCCUAGGACCUGCCGAAUUUGUUUUUAUGGGACGGGGCUUAUUGCUGGCCACGGCUUCACCAGCCCCGAGCGAACACCGGGUGUUUUUGUCCUCUUUGACAACGAUCGUUUUGGCUUCAUCUGGUUGGAGCUGAAGUCCUUCAGCCUCUACAGCCGGAUCAAGGUGUCUUUCCAGAAUGCCGAAGCGCCUUCCCGGGAGGCAUUUGAUGAAAUGCUGAAGAACAUUCAAUUGCUGGCGACUUGACGGGUGAUUUGGGAUGGACAGGGCUAGGGGUGGCAAAGGCCACUGCACUCCCCAGCCAGGGAUGGGAUGGGGGAUUCCUUGCUCUUGGUACCUCUGAAUAAAAGCAUGCACUUUUUAAAGCCUUUUUACCCCAAAUGUACACAUCCCUGUUAAAAUAUUAAUGACUGCCCUUUCCUCCCUGCCUCCUCACCUUCCUCCCUGGCAGUCCUUGUUAUCCAGUCUGUAACAUAGCUUUGUAUGGCUGAAGGGAUCCUGCAGAGGAGGAAGUAGAGCUUUCUUAUUGCAAAAAGGAUGUAUCGGAACAAAAUUAACUCAAUGCCAGAAUUGGAU